AUUCGGCGAAAGCGAUGUCCAAAGUUUCGUAUAAAAGGGCAUUCGUGUUACACAGAAACCACAUUCGAAAUCUCAAUCUCUUCCAUUGGAUUCGCAUCUGGUAACAACCAGCUAUCUUUCAAAAUGAAAUUUCUCGUAGUGAUCUCUGUUGCUAUGUUGGCUAUGGCUUCGGCUGAUGUGUCUGAGCAUCAACCAGUUAUCGUCAAACAAUCUCAAGAUAUUUCGCCUGACGGAUCUUACUCUUAUUCCUACGAAACAGAUAAUGGAAUUUCUCACUCUGAAAGUGGAAAUCCAGUGGUGACAGAUGUAAGGAGCGCACCCGUUGUUGUUACCCAAGGACAGUAUCAAUAUACAUCCCCUGAUGGUACACCAAUUAAGGUGACAUACGUUGCCGAUCAUAACGGAUUCCAACCACAGGGCGAACAUAUUCCAGUUGUUUCUCCGUUGAUUCAAAGGGCUCUUGAAUACAUCAGAUCGCAUCCACCACAAUCCGACCAGCCUAAUCUAUAAAUUCACGUUUCGCUUCCUUUAACAAUUUCCUCCACGUCGCCAAAUGAGAUUACAUUUUGUACAUAACAAGUGCACGAUAAUAAACAUUUAUUAAAAAUU